GCAAUUGAAUGCAAUCUUCACAACAAAAAAAAAAAAAGGAAAAAAAAAGAAAUGUCUAUCUUUAGUUAACAGGGUUGAAGUUUUAUGCUCGACCCACUUGGUUUUCCACCGCAAAACACCAGAAAAGGGCCCAAAAGUGUAGAACCAGCUCACCUGAUUUUACUGUAUGAUUUGACUAUUAUAUGAUCAAUGUUGCAUCAAAAAAAAGUUUGAAGGAAUAGUUUCACCAUAUUAAAAUGAGAGUUCAGUUCACGUAACAGGGUUGACCUUAAAAUGAAGGACAGACGUAAAUGAAUCACUAAUCACAAUAAUCUUCUGAAAUUACUUUAUCAAAGCAACAAAAUAACUAGGGCUUUACAAUGAUGGUGAAAACUUGGGAGAGAUUUUGGGGUUAAGUAGGUUAAAAUCUUCCUAGAAGUCACAGAGGGUGCACAGAGGGACAUGUGAAAAUGCUGACUUUUGGCACAUUAGCAAAUCUUUAUUCAUAUAAAAAAAAAUGAUUUAUUGAAUUCUUCAUGUUGUCUAUAUUAAAGAUGCACUCAGGGAUCUUAAGCACAACAAAUUUGUAACAUAUUGCACAAAUUAUUGUAACAUAUCACACGAAUGGCAAAAUACGUAUGAUAUCAUACAAAUUGCAAAAUUUGUAACAUAUCACAUGAAAUGAAUGACGUAGUACACAAAAAAACAGGGACCACUUUUGACUCGUGAGUACCACUUUCAAAACUACUGGCUGAAAUUAUACAAAAGUUAGAGAGUACAUCUUUAAAAGGCCUUUCAUUUCAUAUAGCAAGCUUUUAACUCUACACUUUGGUGCACAAUUUCUACUUAAAAUAUCAAAGGGAUGCAAAAGUCACUCUUUUUGUGGAACGACCCAUCUCCUCUCCACGAGCUGCAGAGAUGCUGCUGCUUAGAUAGACACCAUAACAGCAUUCCGCUGUACUGAGAGGGUGGACUGGGGUUAGAGCUGUGACGAGGGGGCCCUGUUCCAGCUGUUAGGGACUGUGACUGACAGGUGACAGCGAUGGGCCAGGCAUGUGGAAACUCCCUCUUGUGCCGUAGUCAGCAGUUCCAGACAUCGACAACAGCAGAGAUGGGAGGAGGACGGCAGGUGUUCCAGCCGGUGGAGGAGAGAGGGCCAUAUUCAAACAAUGUACAGUAUGCAUUGCUCCAACUGGCCUCAGUCACAGACUCCUCUUCCCUCCAGGAUGCCAUCAGAGAGGCUCUCCAGACUGUCUUUUAUGAAGUGGACAGUGUAUACGUCUAUCUAUUAGAUGAAGAGACAGGACGCUUGUGGUGUGAAGAACCACCCCAUGAGCUACAGAAGGAGGGGAGACUCAGGGAUGUGGUUGUCCAGCAGAGGAGAAUACAGUGUGAAGGACUUCCUUCCUCAGAGCUUCAGGAGCAACAGAGAGAGAAACUAACAGAGCCACUGCAGCAGGACAAAAGAGUGUUGAUCAUUCCAAUCCUGGACCAGGGUGUAGCUACCGCCCUCCUCUUGGUUUGCUGUACACAGCCCACUAAAGCUCAGGAACAAAGCCUUGAUGUCCUGGAGAAACAUGUCACCGUAGCCUGUAAGAGAGUCCAGGCCCUGCAGCGUCAAAGGCUCACCCAGGGGUUAGAGGUCAACAGGAAAUCAUGUCUAUCCCUGACCAGGAGGACAACACCUGAUGUGGAUCACAGUGCACUGGACCAUCAGAUCCUGAAGCUUUGUGGAGAGCUGUAUGACCUGGACGCUGCCUCCCUCCAACUAAAAGUAAUUCAUUAUCUGGAGGAGCAGACUCAGUCAUUGUGCUGCUGUUUACUUCUGGUAUCAGAGGAUAACCAACAGCUGUUCUGUCAGGUAGUUGGAGACAAGGUUCUGAAGGCGGAGAUCAGUUUCCCUCUGACAUUUGGUAACCUUGGUCAGGCUGUGGAGAAGAGGAAGAGCAUCUCCCUGCAAGACGUCACUCAAGAGGAACACCAGCAGCUGAACAGCACUCUGGGAUUUGAAGUUAUCUCCAUGCUGUGUGUUCCUGUUGAGUGUCGGGCCACCACCAAGGUUGUGGCCCUCGCCUGUGCCUUCAACAAAAAAGGAGCAGACAGACACACAGAGGUGGAUGAACACAUAGUGCAGCACUGUUUCUGCUACACAUCCUCAGUACUGACCAGCACACUGGCCUUCCAGAAGGAACAGAGACUCAAGUAUGAAUGCCAGGCUCUGCUUCAAGUCGCGAAAAACCUCUUCACACACCUGGAUGAUGUAUCAGUCCUACUAAAAGAGAUCAUUGCAGAAGCACGGAGUCUCACCAGUGCAGAAAUUUGUUCUGUGUUCCUGUUGGACAGUGUCAGUCAUGAGCUGGUUGCCAAGGUGUUUGAUGGAGGAGUGGUUAUCAAUGAGGAGACAGAGCUGCGUAUCCCCGCUGACCAGGGCAUAGCAGGCCAUGUGGCCACCACAGGGAAGAUCCUCAACAUCACAGAUGCCUACUCCCACCCUCUCUUCUACCGCGCCGUGGACGACAGCACAGGCUUCAGGACACGCAACAUCCUCUGCUUCCCCAUAAAGGAUGAAAACGGAGUGAUUGGGGUGGCUGAGCUGGUCAACAAGACCAAUGGACCAUGGUUCACCCGCCUGGAUGAGGACUUGGCCACAGCCUUCUCCAUAUACUGUGGCAUCAGCAUCGCUCAUUCCCUCCUGUAUAAGAGGGUUGACGAAGCCCAGUUUAGGAGUCAGCUGGCCAAUGAGAUGAUGAAGUACCACAUGAUGGUGUCAGAGGAGGAAGUGACCCGGCUACUGACUGUGGGGAUCCAGCCUGUAGGGGAAAUCCACCCCAGGUUCUCCAACUUCACCUACACACCUCGCUCCCUGUCAGACGACAGCACACCCACAGCCAUUAUCAGCAUGUUUGAGGACAUGGGCUUCGUAAACACCUACAAGAUCAACAUGCACACACUGGCCAGGUUCUGUCUGAUGGUGAAGAGAGGCUACAGGGAUCCUCCAUAUCACAACUGGAUGCACGCGUUCUCAGUCUCUCAUUUUUGCUACCUCCUCUGCAAGAACCUGGAGCUCUCCAACUACCUAGAGGACAUCGAGAUGUUUGCUCUUUUUGUGUCCUGCAUGUGUCAUGACUUGGACCACAGAGGGACCAACAACUCCUUCCAGGUGGCAUCGAAAUCUGUGUUGGCUGGCCUGUAUAGUUCUGAGGGAUCUGUGCUGGAGAGGCACCACUUUGCUCAGACGAUUGCCAUACUCAACACCCAGGGCUGCAACAUCUUUGAAAAGUUCUCUAGAAAGGACUACCAGAGGAUGCUUGACCUGAUGAGGGACAUCAUCCUGGCCACAGACUUGGCUCAUCACCUACGGAUCCUGAAGGAUUUGCAGAAAAUGGCAGAUGUGGGCUACAACACCAAAGACCCUCAGCACCAUAACCUGCUACUGUGCCUGAUCAUGACCUCCUGUGACCUCUCUGACCAGACCAAGGACUGGAAGACCACCUGGAAGAUCGCAGGACUUAUUUACAAGGAAUUCUUUUCUCAAGGAGAUCUGGAGAAGGCUAUGGGGAACCGUCCCAGUGAGAUGAUGGACAGGGAGAAGGCCUACAUCCCAGAGCUGCAGACAAGCUUCAUGGAGCACAUAGCCAUGCCCAUCUAUAAACUCCUCCAGGACCUGUUCCCCAGGUCGGCAGAGCUGUAUGAAACCGUGGCCAGCAACAGAGAACAGUGGGGCAGGGUUUCUCACAAGCUCAACAUUAAGCGGUGGCCCGGAAACUAUUCUCUGGACUACCUAGAUGCAGAGUUUGAGCAGCUACAGGUCGAGCAGAACGGACAGGACGGACAGACGGAACAGGGAAGACAGGACGGACAGACAGACAGAGCAGGGAAUGGAUGAUGAGACCAAUGGUAGCCCUCCAGCCCAGCCCAAGGCCACAACAAGACUAACAGGAGUCAUGGAGAACUAACAACUACAUCAAAGUGCUUUUGAUUUUAUAUUAUGUCAUACCCAAAAUGGAGUGUGGCUCAAUCAACAUUAUUUUAUUACCUCCCCCUGCAAAUGCACCUAUUUUACAGGUUGUUGUGUAGUGUUGUGGCUGAUGUGUACAAAAAUCGAAAUGAUCAUUAGUGUCUCGCAUUGCAGCAGGUGUGGAACACCACAAUGCAGACAGCAGGGGGACACAGAAAUGAUUGAUUACACAUAAUUGGAGAGAAGAAUACUAUGAUGGCUUUAAACUCAUUUUACAAAUUAUAAUUUUUCCUUUGCCUUGAGUUUCUCACAAUGAUAUUUGAACUGUAUGUGAAUCUUUAAAAGGCAGGUAUUGAGCGUUAUCAGGUAGAACCACUUACAUUGUAAACCUGGGGUGAAAGUAAAUUACAUUUUUUACCGGUAUGGGACACCCAGGUGCGCGCAAGCAUUUUUUGUAUAUACUACAGAAAGUACAGGGUAGCCUACUCCGCUAACACUGACAAACAGAUAAAUAAAAACGAAAAGUGGCACUGACCAAAUGACAAAGACAGUGAAUAUGCACACACCGGGGAUAUGGCCGAUGUUCUCUGCUGGUGCCAAUAAUGUAGGCUACUGUUCGCUCAAUUAAGUUAAGAAUUUUGAUAACGAAAAUACAGAUUGGAGUCUUUCCAUUGUCAUCUCUUUACAGCAAUAACCAUUUUCUUCCCAAACAGUUUUUCCGCGAUUGUAUUUUUUAAAUAUUGUGAUAUGCCUCUCUGCUUUUCACUGACCGUAGUAACUCAACAAUCAUCUACUUUGGUAUUUGCAGCCCGCACUGCCCAAAUUUCGGGCCCUCCCGACUGUAGGCUAUGCGAUUGAAAGCAAUCCACAGCUUUUUAUUUUCAUUUUUAGCUAAUAAUCCUCUGUGGCCAAAUUAUGCUUUCUGGUGUAGUAGCCUAUUUUGAAUGAUUUGAUUUAUUUCUGUAUAGACAGGAGUAAGCUAAUUAGGCUAUACAAUUUUGGCGAUUUAAUUCAAUUUACUUUAGGGAAAGCUUCCCCUAGAUUUAUGGACACGCCGCCGAUGCCUUUUAAUGUGGCAUAAUAAUUAUGUUUUAAUCUGAUUGUCAAACAAUCACUUAACAAAGGCGCUCCUGUAGGCUACCCGCACACAUUCGUCCACUCACAAAAUAAUUUCAGCAUCCAAACCCCAACAGUGGACUGUGCACCCUCAAUUUGAUGAAUGGAAAGAGACAUCCGUUACAAAACACCUACGUGUUUUGUAAUAACAUUCUGCGAUUGUCAUUUGGCUUACACUUAUAGCCUGAUUUGAUGCAUCCACUGUUGACCAUGCGCGCCUCGAUCUCCGCCACUCAUCUCCGCCUUGACAAAAUGUAAGUGUUCUCCUCAACCCACAACGCAAUUUGGAGCGAAAUUCAACCGGUUUCCAGUCAAUUCGCACAUUUUUCAUGUGGCUGACAUGCAGUAAUGUUAAAUAAUGGUGUAAUAGCAUAUAGUUUUUUGGUCAUGUUGUAUUAAUUGUAAUAGCUCACGUUUUACCGGUAAACAUACCCCCAUUAUUUAUUUUGCCGGGACGCGGUAACGGACCAUACUUUCACCCCUUUUGUAAACAGAAUGUUACAAGCUUGCCUUACUUUGUCUGAGUUGCCUUCAACAUGAGAAACUGCUCGAUUGAUAAUAUAUACUUUGUGGUAUUGUGUAUAUAUAACAAUGUUGGUGAUUGGAAUGGAUAAUGUAGGCCUACUGUAUAUAUAUAUAUUAUCAAUUUACUAGUUUAUAGCACACAGAUUUUUCUUAACAUGUUUCUUCUCCCCUGUAUCCCCCUAAACGUUGUUUUCAGAGUUUGUGUAAAUCUGGUCUGAUCAGCUCCCCAUUUGGGCAUUGCUUUUUGAAUGGGUGACAUGUAGAAAUGGCAUGGGGUCGAUAUGCAUUUAGUUUUUUGCAACAGCUAGCUAUAUUAAGUUCUUAUGUUGAUGUAUCUAUGUUUGCAUUUAUCAAUUUCCAAAUACCAAAAAUAUAGAUAAUUCUGUGAAUUCUUGAAUCUACAUGUUAACAUGAUGCACUGGAUAUUUAUAUUUGUUUCUAAUAUCUGUGCACAAAUAAAAUGUUU